CCAUAGGAGUCAGAUUUGACACACUAUUUAGGAGGGCAGUCUGCGGUUUGGGAUGGAGCCAUAAUAACAGAAACUGCACGUUCAUUCGUGUCACUAAAACCAGUUCCGUGCGAAAACAGUGGUAUUCGCCUCCAGUACCAAACAAUGACUAAUAUUUAACCACAAAUCGUUCAGAGAUGAAAACGGGUUCGCGUGAUGAAGGUGAUGAAGAGCAAACAGACGCGUUUUGGAGAGGAUUGUUUCUGUAGCGGUCCGCGUUUGGUCUCUUAUCACGUCGGAAGAGGAGGGUUUUCCCCCUGAUUCUGGUUAUAAAGCCACACGAUUCUCAAAUCGUUACUUCGGAGGUCGCAGGCUUUUCGUCCUCACCAUCAUCAUCAUCAUCAUCACGUCUGUGAUCAUGUGGAACUCGUCUGCGUGACCCCUGCAACACCAGCAUAGUGGAGACAGGUCCUCUUUAAACGGACUAGAAAUUGUCUACUUUACAGCUUUUGUGAAUGCACACAUGGGGACUGAGGAUUUCCAUGUCAUUUUUUGCCUAACCGGAUGAAAGCACAGGAAAAAACUCAUCCAAGAGCAAGAUGCCUAUCAUUAGUACGAAAUGAUUCGUUUCAGGCUGCUGUUGUCCUUAAUGGGUUUUAUGAUGAGAAGAUGGAAGGUGUUGGUGGUGCUGAACGCGUUUGCAGUUGCAGGCUUCUUCACUUUUUGGGGCAAGUGUGACGUAAGGCUGAACAAAAUUGUUAACGGUCACAAUCGCCUCAAUGGAUCUUCUUCAGACUCAAGCAUCAGUCAUGAGAUCCUAUUGAAGAGGCUUGGCUCAUUAGAAGAUGUAGUCUACAGACAGCUAAAUGGUUUGUCCAAAUCUCUUGGGCUUAUCGAGGGCUUCAAAGGCCAAGGCAAAGGUGGCUUUCCUGCCACACUGACUCCUGAGGAGGAAAAGCAAGCCAAAUACCUGCAGGAGAAGUACGGCUACAAUGCUUUCCUGAGUGACCGGAUUUCCCUGGACAGGUCCAUCCCAGACUAUCGGCCCAGCAAGUGCAAAAACAUGUUUUAUCCCAGAGACCUGCCUCAGAUCUCCCUUAUCUUCAUCUUUGUGAACGAGGCGCUGUCAGUGAUCCUGCGAUCUGUGCACUCAGCUGUCAAUUACACUCCACCUCAUCUACUGAAGGAGAUCAUACUAGUAGACGACAACAGUGAUGAUGAGCAACUGAAAGGUCCACUUGAAGAAUAUGUCAACAAACGGUACCCAGGACUUGUCAAAAUUGUGCGGAAUCAGAAGCGAGAGGGCCUCAUCCGUGCUCGCAUAGAGGGCUGGAAAAUAGCCACAGGGGAGGUGACGGGCUUUUUCGAUGCCCAUGUGGAAUUUACUCCAGUUUGGGCUGAACCUGUUCUAUCCAGAAUUAAGCAAGACCCCAAGAGGAUUAUCCUACCUUCGAUAGAUAACAUCAAACACAAAUCAUUUACCCUGGAGCGCUACGAGAACUCAGGCCAUGGCUUCAACUGGGAGCUGUGGUGCAUGUACAUCAGUCCCCCGAAACAAUGGUGGGAUGAGGGAGACACUUCUGCACCCAUCAGGACGCCUGCAAUGAUAGGCUGUUCAUUUGUGGUAAACCGACACUACUUUGGAGAGUUGGGUCUGCUCGACUCAGGCAUGGACGUCUAUGGUGGAGAAAAUAUAGAGCUUGGAAUAAGGGUUUGGCUAUGUGGGGGCAGUAUGGAGGUCUUGCCAUGCUCUCGGGUGGCACAUGUUGCCAGGACGAAAAAGCCAUACCACAGCAACAUAGCUUUUCACACAAGGCGUAAUGCACUGCGUGUGGCUGAAGUAUGGCUGGAUGAGUUCAAGUCUAAUGUGUACAUGGCCUGGAACAUUCCAAUGGAGAACCAUGCCAUCGAUUAUGGGGACAUAUCAGAGCGUGUGGCGCUGAGGAAACAUUUGCAGUGUAAAAACUUCGAGUGGUACCUUGAUAAUAUCUACCCAGAGAUGAGGCGAUACAACAGCACACUGUUUUACGGAGAAAUUCGUAACUCCAACGUGUCCCAUCUGUGUGUGGAUCAGGGCGUGAAGGAGAACCACACAGCAACCCUUCACCCUUGCCAUGGUUGGAACCCACAGCUUGGCCGAUAUACCAAGGAGGGAUACCUGUUUGUGGGACCUUUAGGAAGCACUGGAGAUGACACCUGCUGUGUGAUUGAUGACAUGAUCAGCAGCUUCCCUCAGCUUGUCGACUGUGACAAAGUCUCCAACGUAGGACAAAAGACAUGGAACUUUGUACAGAACGACUCGAUCGUGAACCGGGCUACAGGUCGCUGCCUAGAGGUGGUAAAGGCCAACGUGUCCUUCGGCUAUGCGCUGGUUCUACAGGCCUGCACUGGUCAGAGGUGGAACAUCAAAAACACGGUGAGGGAGCAACAGGGCGUCUGAAGGAGUCGGACGCAUCAGAUAAGAAGCCAGAAGUCUUAAAAACACUGCAAGGGACUGCUUUCAGCUUUGUGGUCUGACUUCAUUGAUUUAAAUUUUAUAGGGAGUGAACUGCUCUCAGUAGAGUAUGAAGUACAUGUGAGGAAAUGCUCCACACUCAGUCGUCCGAGUACAGUCCUCUACAGAACAAGAGGUUCUGAUAGAUAUAUAUAUUCCUCAAAAAGAGUAUCCAUCGACUAAAAACUUUAAUUAAAAAAGGGCCAAAAAAACUUCAUACUGAUUUAAGAGGUUUUAUUACAGCAUUCCAUAUCAAGUAAAGCCUUUUAUUCAUCUAUAUUUAGCUGUUUUUGGUUUAUAACUGGUCUCUUUCUUCUGUUUGAUUUGCCUGUAUAUUUUGCCUAUUAUAGAUCUCAUGGACUUUAGUAUUUCUGUUGUUUUGUCUUUCACUACUCCAAGGAAAAUGCUCCUUUCCAAGCUUUCUUACUGACAGAUGUAAAGUUAAUUUGCUCAGCUUUUACUGUUUGUUGUAAUAUUUAUUGUUUUUAUUUAAUAUUACAGCCAAGAAAUUAAGACAUUCCUCUUUUUUUUGUUUAUGUACCAGAAUUUGUUAGUGAGUGGCUUAAAAACUCGGUAGCAUGACCUCUUAAUAUGCAAAUGGUAAAUAAUAAUUCUACUGUAGAGUUAAAUCUGUGUAGGUAUAUUAAGAUAUAGUAGGUAAGAGUUUUUGAAUUUUAGAGUGGGUGUAAUAAGACGUGUAAAUGAAUGCUGCUGGAUCUCAUGGUCAAAUGGUUUGGUGAUGAAAAUUCUCCAAUGCUGUCUUCCAUUAAAAU